UGUCUACGUCCAGCCUGUCGCUCCCCACAAUGCACUGCGCUGAACGAUCACGCGCACAGGAGCGCGCAUCACCCGGCCUCGCCGCCCGUACCGUCGUUUACCAGCCGUCCAGAUUCCGGCGGACUACAGCGAGAACACUCCCGCAGCACAACCGGCCAGUGCCUCCCGACAGUAUGAGGUCGAGCGCAAGGAGAGACGCGGAAAACAGCUGCGUGCUGUGCUGCCAGGACAUCGAGCUGUUCGCGGUGGGGAAGUGCGAUCACCCCGUGUGUUACCGCUGCUCCACCAAGAUGCGCGUGCUGUGCGAGCAGAACUACUGCGCCGUGUGCCGCGAGCAGCUCGACAAGGUGGUCUUCAUAAAAAAGCUUGAACCCUUUGCCGCUCUGAACAUUCAUCAGUACCAGUUUGAGAAGAAAUAUGACGUAUACUUUGCAGAUGGAAAGAUAUAUGCACAGUUCAGGAAGAUUUUGUUACAUGAAUGUCCACAGUGCCCAGAACCAAAAGUGUUCUUCAAAUUUGAAGAGCUAGAACAGCAUAUGCGGAAACAACAUGAACUCUUCUGCUGCAAGUUAUGUGCAAAGCAUCUGAAGAUAUUCUCAUACGAGCGGAAGUGGUACAAUCGGAAAGAGCUGGCUCGACAUCGAACGCAAGGGGACCCGGAUAAUACUUCACAUCGUGGCCAUCCACUGUGUAAAUUCUGUGACGAUCGAUACCUGGACAACGAUGAACUAUUGAAGCACCUGCGGCGAGAUCAUUACUUCUGCCAUUUCUGUGACGCUGAUGGAGCUCAGGAGUAUUACAGCGAUUACCAGUACCUCAGCGAGCACUUCAGAGAGAGCCAUUAUCUCUGCCAGGAGGGCCACUGUAGUACAGAGCAGUUCACUCAUGCUUUCCGCACAGAGAUCGACUAUAAGGCUCACAAAGCUGCUGCCCACAGCAAAAACCGGGCCGAGGCACGGCAGAAUCGGCAAAUCGACAUUCAGUUCAACUAUGCAUCCAGACAACAACAACGACGAAAUGACGGUCUGAUAGUUGGUGGCGAUGACUAUGAGGAAGGGGAUCGCUUCAGCAGACAGGGCAGACCAGGAAGAGCACGAGCUCCAGGAGGACAGCAGAAUGUCAGGAGCUGGAGAUAUAGUCGAGAGGAAGAGAACCGAGAGAUCGCAGCUGCUUUGCGAGCUUCGAUAGUCAGCCACCAGGAAGAGAGAAGUCAUGUGCAAGAGAGAAGCAGUGUGAAGCCACGCAAAGAGGAAAAGAUGGAGCCUGAUGACAUGAGAAACAACAGAAGCACUGCCAAGCAGACGAACGAAAUGCAAGCUCGACCAGUGAGGAGUAAUCCCCCUUCGGCUGCUCAGGACUUCCCUGUUUUAGGGGCAGCUGCACCUCCAGCCCCAAUUCAAAGCAAGAUCAAACAAGCGUCUGUCCCUCUGAAGGAAGAUGAUUUUCCAAGCUUGUCUGGCUCCGUAGUUUCCUCUCCAAUGACACCUGCAUACACAAAUCAACCCAAGAAACAUUCGUCCUUCCAGGAGGAGGACUUUCCUGCACUGGUCUCCAAGAUCAAACCACUGAAGCCGCAAUCAAACACAACGUCAGCCUGGUCUCAAGCAGGAAGUAAACCUGUGGUGGUUUCCAAUAAACCUGUGGUUCUGCCCACCAAAACAGCUCCUACGGUCUCUUCAUCCAUACUGUCCGCCAGUGACCCACCGCCCAGUGGAAGUGUGCCUCAGCCUCUCACUGCCUCCUCAUCUCGCCGCAAAAAGAAGCUCACAUCUGCUGAAACCCACAGAGCUCCACCUAAAGUCAAAUGUCCGUCCUCAUCGGAUGACGAGGACCCCCAAACCGGUAAAACGGCUCAGGAAAUCCGCACGGUACCGACUAUGCUUGACAUCUCCACUUUGUUGACCGUAAAAGAUGGCUCCUCUCAGCCCAACCCCAAAACCAAUAAGAAAAAGAAACCAGCCACAGCUUCAUCUCUGGGUUCCCCCUCACACACUUUUGAGUCCGUCUCCAAAAUGGCUCACAAAGAGAACGUUCCCGAGACGAAGCCACCAGACAACAGUCUCCCCUCCAAAACAAACUCUUUUAUAAAUGGACUCGUGGAGAAACCAACAGAGGCACUGUCCCCUACAUCAUUUCCUGAAAAUAUUCCUUCCCCAUUAAAGCAGUCGGUCACCGACCAGCCUCCUCCACCCAAAGAAGAGGAAUUUCCAGCACUUAUCUCCAAAAAACCUCCACCUGGCUUUAAAAGUGCAUUUCCGUUGAAGAGCACUCCGAAUGUGCUGCCACCGCCUCCUCCUGGCCUUGGGCCUGUUGUCAGCAAACCUCCUCCAGGAUUCACCGGCGUCCCGCUCAACAGUAAUGUGGAGGAAUCAGCUGUUAACAGUUCUCCUGAAGUGUCAUAUCAGUGUAACCACAGUUAUGAGGAACUUAUGAGAGUGACACCUGCUAUUGGAUCCUACCUCAUACCUGACAAUUUCCAGCAAAGAAACAUGGACCUUAUUCAGUCUAUUAAGAAUUAUCUUCAAAACGAUGAAACCAAGUUCAAUGAGUUCAAGAACUAUUCAGGCCAAUUUAGACAGGGUAUAAUCCCUGCUGUCCAGUACUACAAAAGCUGCCAGGAGCUGCUAGGAGAGAAUUUCAACGGGGUCUUCAACGAGCUGCUGGUUCUCCUACCAGACACUCGCAAGCAACAGGAGCUUCUCACUGCCCACGGAGACUUUAAGGCUCUCGAGAAACAGCAGCAAGGCUCCAAGCCCAAAAAAACCAAAAAGAAAGCCUGGCAGACAGGCACCACCAGCAUCAGUCUGGAUCUGGACUGCCAAGUGUGUCCCACCUGUAAGCAGGUGCUGGCUCUGAAAGACUUCAACACCCAUAAAACCCUACACAUCGGCGAUGAGGACUUCCCCUCUUUACAGGCCAUAAGCAAGAUCAUCAGCUAGCUGCUAGCAGACGCACAUCCACGGCUCUCUGUGACACAGCACCUAAUGUUAAGAUGCUUGUCUGGGCUGCAGUGCUAAUGUUUACUCCGAUUGUUCAUUAUUCAGAAAGUUUAGAUGACACUUUUUUUCGAAGGGGAAGGAUCAACCCCAAAAAAAGCAAGUGUAACGGUUUUGAAGAGAAAACAGUUUAAUCUACUUGAAAGCUUGAGUUCUAAUGUUGAUUCAUUUAUUACUCCUCCAGUUCAUCUUUUCCAUCAGGUUUUCCAGUGCUGUUAGCAUGCUCUUUUUUUUCUUUUAUAUGUGUAUAUAUAUAAAUUGUAAGGUUGGUUGCCUUUGAAAGAUAACCUAUUUAUUUCAGAACGCUCCUUCUGUUUGAUUGAAAUUGAUUAUUUCUCACUUCGGUUUACAAACUCUACAGUACGGAAAAAUAAAAUGGGUAAUGUAUAGCAUUUCUUACAGUAAGCUGCAGUGAUCUGUCUACUGACUUUUGACAAAUUGACAUUUUUUGAAUGAUUGUUUGUGUAAAUAAUUUGCAAUUAAACAAUCAAACCAAGGAACGAAAUGCACAGCUCCAUACUCUUUAGGCCACAUGUGAUUGUCUUUACACAAUUAAAUCGGUGUGAGGAUAUUUCACCUGCCUUAAAAUAUACAGGAAGAUCCAGAGGGACAUUUUGAAAGUUGGUCCGAUGGGAUCAGACUGGAAUGUUUUGUAUAAAAUACAGAAUUGGUACAGAUGGAUAAUUCUUUAAAUAAUUUUUUUGGUUAGAUUUUUGUCUAAUACCAUAGUGCUUGUGCCUCUUAAAUACUACUUCACAGUCCAACAGGGUUGAUGUAUGGCCACCUUUUCUCAUCUCUCUUUCAGGAACUGCUGUUUGUGCCACAACCUUGUGGUCAACAAUUUGCAAUGUGUCAGGACAUAUCUGCAGAAACAAUGCUGGUCAAACAUCAUCUACCUUUAGAUUAAGUUGUUCAAGUUUGUGUAUUUCAUCUGUUUGUUUUGUGCUAAAUAUUCGAAAAUGUUAACUACAGAGAUAUUUAGAGAAAACGUUCGCGCAAAAAUGAAAAUUCUGUCAUUUUUAAGAGGCCUUUUAUUACAUGGGGUGCAUAAGGAGAUAUUCGGCUGUUAGGGACUGAGGACCUUAUUAAACAUUCACUUUCAUUUUUCAAUUCACUGCCAAACAUCUCCUUUUGUUCCACAGGAGAAAGAAAUUCAUAGAGGUUUGAACAACAGGAGGGUGAGUGGGUCAUAUUUGAGUCUUAACUGACAUAUGUUUUGAUUGUUAGAUUGGAUCUUAAGGUAUAUUAAUUUUAUUUUCACAAACUCAAGUUUUCUUUUUAAAACUGUUAAAACUUCUUAAACUUUUGGAUAUAUCUGUAUGAUGAACUACUUCAAGCAAUUAAAGGAAUAGGUCUCCCAAAAAUAAAAAUGUUUAAUAUUUA